AUCCCAUCCCAUCUCAUAUCGCCAGCACCAGUACCAGUACCAGCACCAGCACCAACCCACCCAAGCAUCAGAGCCUGUCCAGCUGUCCAGCUGUCCAGUCGCAGACCUGCCUGCCUAUUCGCGGGUCCCACCGUACCUGUGGCCUGUAGCCCCCUCUAGCCUAGCUCUAGCUGCCCCGAAGACACCCUGGCCUAGCGUAAGCGUGCCUUCAGUGCUUUCGCUUCAGUUGCUGUUGCAGUCUCGCACCGUCGCUCGAUCUGUCGACCACCGUCGGUCCUCUCGACCCUGGUCUCUGCGUCUGCCUCUGCGUCUGCCUCUGCCUCUUCCUCUUCAUCUUCGCUGCUCUUUUCUCGUUACUUCACAUCAGGUCAGGUCUAUCUAUCCAGCCAGCUAAACACGCUCACGCUUACCCCUCGUCCGUCCAUAUCCUGCUCCGACGGACGGCUUUACUUCCCUUCGUUAUUUUCCCUCUGCAUCCACUACCAGUACCCCCCCCCCCCCCCGCCCCGACAAGCACCCCUGGCCGAUAUCACAAAAACAGUGCCCCCGAGUGUGAAAGUCUGCUCCACCUCUCUUCCCAGCAACCCAACCUAACCUACCUCACCUAGGUACCCUACUGUACGGAGUAUCUAGCCUUCGCCAGACGCCAAACUCCCAGUCCCUGUCCCAGUCCCAGUCCCAGUUCCCAGCAGCCGUGCGCCUUUUGCCCCGAGUAGUAACUUAGACCUGGGUACCGCACCUCACCUCACCUCACUCACUCACUCUCCUCGAUCCUCAGCACCACUCCACUACUCCGCUGCUGCUGCUUUUCUCUUCUCUUCUUUCCCACCACUCGCACACCCACCCGCCACUUGCGUAGUUCCACAUCGAUCGUCCUCUCCCUCCAUUUUUAUUUUAUAUGUGAUGGACCCCCAUGUCCUGGUCCCCCAAAGUCCAUAGUGGAAUCCGCCGUCAUUCGAUCACCACUACUGCAUACUCGCAUCCACCCUCAGACUCACUCAUAUAACAUCAGCCUCCUCCACUACUCCUCCCUCUUCUCCCGUGCCACUUGGAAGAAGAAGUGCUACCUCUCACGCUCGCUACCACUACCACUACCACUACCACUACCACGCUACUACACUUGUCAACAGUUACCGCCUAUUUGACAGACACUUUCUAGACAUUCUGUCUGUGCAUCACUUGGAGCUUCCAUGCAACAGACAAGAGCAGCAAUUAUCCCAUCUUAACUGUCCACCAUUCUUUGAGAAGAUAGGAGUACGUCCUCGACUACCAACUCUGAAAAUAGAUGAAGAGCUGUAUCAGCUCUCUCGCCCCAUCUCCAGAUGUUUCGAAAUCGGUAAGUGACCACAAACCAAAGUCGCCCAAAUGAUGACGCCGGCGCAAACGCGACAGUCCAGCUCCCCACGCAAUAUCUUCAUGUUUCUGGACGAUUGGUAGCUAACAAUGAAUAGAACUUCAUCUCAAAAGCCGGGUGAUGCUUUCAUUGCCAAUUUCAGAGAAAGCUUCCCGGAAGUAGCAGUCGCAACUUCAACUGCUGGCUCCGGCUCUGGAAAUACUUCUCUCGGCGAUGCGACUGCUGGAGGCCCAAAUGAAACUAGUUUGGGUCACGAAGACAUCAAAGAUCUCGACCCCACUCCUAGAGCCCAACAUGAGCCAUGGCGAUUCACCCCAUCUCUCCUCGACCCGAACUCUUUCGCAUUUUCCGCAUUUGCCAACCAGCCGCCCGGCUACUACACACCAACCCCUGGAGGCACAAACACAUUAUAUCACAACCAGGCUGGCGACCUCCACACUCCUGGGAUGGGUAUGGGAAUGGGUCUAGGAACACCAUUAUCUUUGCCUACUUCUGCUGAUGGCAUGCACGCCAGUACGAUGAUGGAUAUGUCCGCAUUCAGUCACCAAAUGCCACCUCAGUUUCACAACUACAACCCAUUUGGUGCCCCACAGCAGCAACACCAUCACCACCAACAGCAACACCAUCAUCAUCAGCAGCAACAACAUCAACAGCAGUCCUACGCGCCAUCAUCGUUUGUUCACCAGGAUACUGGAUAUGAGACUAUGGAGCAAGACGGCUCUCCAAUGGGUGACGAGGAUGGCCGUAUGGGUUCGAUGGAAGCAACCAUGCAACAACAAUCUCCAAUGAUGAGUUUUCAGCCAGCUCAGUACAACAUAGCUUCGGCAAUGCCUGCUUCUGCAGAGAAAUUCCGCUUUCAUGUGACCUUGAACGCUCCCACGGCGAUGAUCAAGAGCACGGAUGAGAUCCCCAUCACAUAUUUAAACAAGGGACAAGCGUAUUCAAUAUCGAUUGUGGACACCAAUCCAAAUCUUCCUCUCCCCACUGGCGCUAGAUAUCGAACCUUUAUCCGCAUUUCGUUCGAAGACGAGCAGCAACGACAAAGACCUGCGACUUGCUGGCAGCUGUGGAAGGAAGGGCGAGGAACUAACGAAGCACACCAACGAGGCGGUAAACUUCAGGCAGUUGAGUAUGUCGAAGCAAAUCAACCUGCUGAGAACGACGAUAAGAGGACGCGCGUGGAUAUCGACACUGCCUCUUUUGAUGGUUUUUCGGUCAUUUGGACUCCAGGCGCGAAUGGAUCAACAGAAUGCAACAUUGCUGUUCGCUUUAACUUCCUUUCUACCGAUUUCAGUCAUUCCAAAGGAGUGAAGGGUAUUCCCGUGCGACUGUGUGCGAAAACGGAGACGGUCUCCACAGGAUCGCCUCGUUCCGGACCUGAAUAUUCGGAAGUUGCUUUCUGCAAAGUCAAGCUAUUCCGCGAUCACGGUGCGGAACGGAAACUGUCAAAUGAUGUUGCGCAUGUGAAGAAGACAAUUGACAAGCUCAAGCAACAGAUUGCACAAGCUGAGACUGGUAUGAAAGACUUUGGCAAGCGGAAGCGCACUGGAUCUACAACGGUUAAGUCACAGCCAAGUCAACGUCCUGGAAAGGUCCAAAAGCACAAGAGGACAUGGUCCAUGUCAUCAGCUUCUUCAGCUGGUGGACGAGUACCAAUCGAAGAGGACCUUCACUACAAACUGCAAACCAUGCAGGACAUGUUCACCAGCACCCGGCCUGUGAGCAUUCUAUACCUUCGAGGAUCUGAGCAGGACGAUCCAGACCUCCACCCAGUUGCUUUGGUUGGUGAACCGCUGGAUCUUACCAAGGUGGACUCAAGAGGCAGUGCCAUCUGGCAACAGAGAAGCAGCGACCGUAGCUCUACCACUGGCACAUCAUCCCUUGUGUCGCCUUCGCCGAGCUCCCUCUCUUUACAAUCUCAAGGUAUCCCAGGCACGUCAGCCCCGAACCCACCAGGUCCAUGGAGCGAUUUCAACUCUAUGGCCCCAACGGAGAUGCAAACAUCGAAUCCUCAGCAACUGGCAAGCCCCCCGGACCAACUCACCAAGCUCCCUAAGACUGACGAAGCCGGGAACCUCAGUGGCUGGAUUGAAGCAUUGGGAGUUGACGCAGGCUACAAAGCGCCCACGGAGCGGCCCAUCAAGCCAGUUGCAUGUUUCUAUAUUCUCCACCGCGAUCCUCAUCAGCCAGAUAAGGCCGAAUACUACCGCGCGAUCUACCUUAUGCAAAGAACACUCAAAGACUUCACCAAUGCGAUUGCUAUCAAAUGGAAUAUCGAGCCCACCAAGAUCAUGCGGACUUUACAUGUGCUCGAACGAGGCCUUCAAAUCGAGAUGGACGAUGAUGUUAUUCGCGAACUAGCAGAGGGGCAGGACCUCGUAAUGGAGAUAGCCGAGAUUCGCAACCCAUCUCCUCAACUCAAACGCGAAUGGGAGAUGUCUCUCGACGUUACUGUGGACAGCGACAGUGCCAGCGGAACGCAACAUGUCACACACACUGAAGGAUACGAACUUCGCCUAAUGUUUUAA